AAUAAUCGCGUGCAUGCGUGUAUGGCGAUACAAGAUUAAAGUUCUCUACGCGAAUUAGAAUUAUUUCUUAGCGUCGGUGGGCAAAUGGCAGCGAGGAUGGUUUCACAUGCGUAGUGGCCUCGUUUUCCGCUCGAAAGUACAGUUUAUUUAUCCCGAUGUGACCGCUCGCUUAUAAUUACGUGUAAGCCGUGACGACCAGUGACGACUAUAUCCAUUCAAGACCUACCUAACGCUUUAUCGAUUCACGCGAAACUUUUAGAGCUUCGCAUAGUGAACUUGAUUCAAUACGAAGAGCAACAUAAAGAUCGAUGGACGUAAUAUAAACCUUUACAGGAGAAAUCAUUUUAUCGCGGUAACCGUACGCUACUGUACGUUACCGUAUGAGUCAUACCGCGAAACGGAUCGUCCCAGUAGUGAUUUUAUUGACAGCAGCGAGAUAACGGGCCAGAUAAUAAUUGUUUGCCAUCUUUGACGUGCGUAUUGUCAUCGCGUUCGACGUUCCUGUCACUUUUCGCUACAUUCCAAUUUUCGAUUUCACGCGACGGAAAAAGCCACGCGAACGACCGAUUCCAGUUUUAAUUGCGCCUCAAAUUAAACGUGUCCAGAAGUCGUCGAGGAAUCACGGUUUUCUAGGAUUUUUAUUACGAAUGAGUAACCCUACAUGUUAACCAGGGAAUAAAUAACCUCUACAAAGGGGUUAAAAUCUCUUUAUUCCAGUGAAGAAUAUUUCAGUAAUUACAACCUAGCCUAAAUACAAAAACGAGUCAAUAUGGAUAUCAGGUUCUCGUCGUACCACAACGGUGGACCUGCCAGGGAACAAGAUUUUGGUAGGCUGUCUCAAACUAUCGGCACGUCGAUCUUGAAGAUAUCCCAAAAUGUAUCGUCCAUGCAGAAGAUGGUCAACCAGUUGGGGGGUUCUACGGAUUCUCAAGAACUCAGAAACCAGCUGCAUCAAAUACAACACUACACACAGCAGCUGGCAAAGGAUACAAGCGUACAUCUUCGAGAUUUAGCCAUACUAGCUAACAAUUCUGGUUCUACUAGCCCUGGGGAGCAAAGGCAACGUAAAAUGCAGAGGGAACGACUUCAAGAUGAAUUUACAAGUGCAUUAAACUCGUUCCAAGUAGUACAAAGACUCGCUGCCUCCAAGGAGAAGGAAAUGGUCAGGAAAGCCAAAGCAAAUGCGGGUAUCGCGCCAUUUGGGGAAAAGAAGCAGGAGACAUUGAUAGAAUUGCAAGACAGUAGAACUCAGAAACAAAUACAACAACAACAGAUGAAAGAAGAACAAAAUUUGCGAAUGUUGGAGGAACAGGAAGCAAGCAUAAGACAAUUGGAGAGUAAUAUCAGCGAUAUCAAUCAAAUCUUCAAAGAUCUUGGUGCUCUGGUGUACGACCAAGCGGAAGUCAUCGAUUCCAUAGAAGCUUCCGUUGAAAGGACAGAAGUAUCUGUCAGUGAAGGUACCGCGCAAGUAAGGCAAGCAAGUAUCUAUAAAAAUAAACUGCGCAAGAAAAAAUGUAUACUCGUACUUAUCGGAGUUGUUGUACUGUCUAUAUUAAUUGGGAUAAUAGUCUGGCAGAGCUCUUAAAUCUGUUUAUAUCGCGAAUGAUACACUCGUGCGAGUAGCGUGACGUUAAAGGUGUAGCUGCAUUUUAAUCGCAAGGUACUGUAAGUUGGUGUAUUACGAAGAAGAUCCUGAUUUAAUUGCAAUUGCUUUACGAGUAUCUGGGAAGUAUAGUAAUAUCAAGGAGAAUGAACGCAAACAAACUUGCAUCGCUCCGUAUCUUACCGACGACUCUCUUGUAAUUGUGAUAAUAAAUGGUGCAAGAUCUAUUUUGCAAGUAAAGUGUACAAUGGCAAGUCUCGGACUGCCCUGUCCAUUUGUAAGUUUCAUUACUCAUUGCAUAAUACUAACGCGUAAAUAUACGUAUAAAAAGUAUAUACACGUACACAUAGGUCUAUCGAUGGUGUAAUCGUGAUUAAUAUUCCGUACGAUUUUAUGAAAUAUACUCGGCAAGUAUGGGAGGAUUCGUUUUAAAACAAUGCUAGCGUGCACUUUAAAAUCCAAAUCUUAUGUGAAUUGUAUGAAUCGGUGUGGAUGAAUAUCUUGGUAUAAUCAUUGUAUAGUAUGCAAAACGCGUUUCGAACGUCCUAAGUCUUGUUGAUAAUAUCGAGAUGAACAAUCAAAGAAGAUAUGCGGAACAACAAAGAAUGCGAAUGAGAGAUCGAUAUAAGUUAAUGUAUUAUAUUUAAGAAUGUUGAUUUAUUUUAAUCAGAAUAUAAUAAACUAUAUAAUACAAAUGUU